AUGUCGACGGCGCAACCGAGACCAGGCCGUCCACAAGGGAAGCGCAGCGCCAGCACAGGCGCUAUAGCAGCUCGUUCAAGCAAGAGUGACUCCGUCUGUCGGACCGUCUCGGCAGACGUCUAUCAUCCUCACCACCACGACGGAGACGACGAAGGAGGAGAUAAAGUCGCAGACGGUGCUAGCAAGCAUGUUUUCUUCGAGCGAGAGUUGGGCAAGCAGGGCGAACCGGAGCUCGACAUUGAGCACGUCCUCGUCGCCAAUGAUCCUCGCAAAUGGUCAUGGCGCAAGAAGCAUUGGGUCCUCUUCGUCAUCUCGCUCGCCUCGAUAUGCUCCUCGCUAGCAGCCAACAUCUAUUUCCCCGCGAUCGCACAGAUCCAAGCGGAGCUCGAUAUGUCCAAUCAGAUGCUCUCGCUCACCGUGUCGCUCUACAUCUUCUUUCAGGGCUCGAUACCGAUUCUCUGGAGUGCCCUGGCAGAGAUCUUCGGACGAAAACCCAUCUAUCUCAUCAGCUUUGGCAUUUUCAUCGCCGGCAGCAUCGUCUGCGCCCUCGCGACGAAUGAUGUCGAAUUUCUCAUCAUGCGUAUCGUGGCAGCAUCUGGCUCGUCAAGCGUGCUUGCGCUCGGUGCAGGCUCACUCGCAGACGUAUUUGAAUCGGAAGUACGCGGACGAAAGCUUGGGAUCUACUAUAUGGCGCCUCUUAUCGGCCCAUCGCUAGGAAGUCUCAUCGGAGGCGCACUCACGAGCGCUUCGAGCUGGCGGGCGACCUUUUACUUCCUCAUCGGCUACGCUGGCGUCUCUCUCAUCGUGCUGGCUUUUUUUCCAGAGACGUAUCGUAAGGAGCGCAGUCUCGCCUGGCUCACUGCAAUGAAACAAGCACAGAAGCAUGCCCAAAAGCGCUCGGCAAGAACAACGCCUGCCACGAGCAUCGACUUGCCUCGUCCGCCAUCGGCUGUCCGACAAGCCAAUCCGGUCUUGUCAGAGACAGACGUAAAGGCGAUCAUGACGCCGCCAGAAGCGAGAUCUGCCUCCGAGACUUCUUCGACCACCGUACAUGAGGAGGUAAUCACCAAAGAGGACAUUGAGGCCAGCACGGAUCAGCCGAUCCGAUUAGGCCUGCGCGACGUCAAUCCGCUCUCGGCAGUGGGCGAAGUGAUGAGGAGGCCAAGCAACGCCAUCGCGUUGAUCUUCUCCGGUCUGCUCUUCGGCGCACAGUAUUCGCUGUCUUAUACUGCUGCCAAAAGCUUCAGUGCCGCGCCAUACAGUCUGUCGGCCAUCCAGAUCGGCCUCGUCUUGCUCGCAUUCGGCGUGGGCAACAUCGUUGGCUCUGUCGGUGGUGGCCGCUACUCAGACUAUGUACUCAGACGGCUCAAGGACAAAGCCGGCGGCAAGGGCGUACCUGAGAUGCGUAUUCGCUCGACGCUCAUCGCAAUGCCCAUCCUGCCCAUCUCGUUCCUUGCAUACGCUUGGGCGGUCCAAUAUCACCGUAGCCUGGCCGGCUGCGUCGUCAUUCUUUUCAUACAGGGCGUCGCUUGCAUCUGGAUCUACUCCUCAGUACUCGCUUAUGCUGUCGAUAACAACAAAGGUCGCGCUGCUUCUGCUGUGGCAUGCAACAGCGUCUGCAGGGGCACCUUUGGCUUCCUACUGUCCGAAAUAGCGACGCCCAUCACUGACCGCAUCGGCAAUGGCUGGUAUUAUACCAUCAUUGCCGUCUGUCUCGCUCUCGGCGAGGCAGCGCUCCUACUGAUCCUCUGGAAAGGCGCAGCCUGGCGGAUAAGAGAGGGAGCGCGAGAGGAGCGCAAGAAGGCCAAGGAGGCUGAGCACCUCUAG